AUGGUGUCCGGCCGCUGGCACUGGGUGCGCGGCCUGUGGGCGGCGGGGAAGCCGCUCUUCCAAGGCCGAGCGCUGCUCGUCACUAACACGCUGGGCUGCGGCGCACUCAUGGCGGCCGGGGACGGUGCGCGCCAGACCUGGGAAAUCCGCGCCAGGCCUGGCCAGAGGUUCAACCCGCUGCGCUCCGCAAGCAUGUUUGCCAUGGGCUGCAGUAUGGGCCCCUUCCUGCACUACUGGUACCUCUGGCUGGACCGCCUGCUCCCUGCCUCCGGCCUCCGCAGCCUCCCAUCCGUCCUCAGGAAGGUCCUAGUGGACCAGCUGGUCGCCUCACCCUUGUUAGGUGUUUGGUACUUCUUGGGUCUUGGCUGGCUGGAGGGCCAGACGCUGGAGGAGAGCCACCAGGAGCUUCGGGACAAGUUCUGGGAAUUCUACAAGGCAGACUGGUGCGUCUGGCCCCCUGCCCAGCUGGUGAACUUCCUCUUCGUGCCCUCCCAGUUCCGGGUCACCUACAUCAAUGGCGUGACCCUCGGCUGGGACACGUACCUCUCCUAUUUGAAGUACCGGGUGCCAGCCAUGGCAGUGGAGCAAAGCUGACCGCAGACAGAAGACGGGUGGACAAGGCUCUGUGAGACAGCCAGGAUGGAUGAACCCGGUGUCACAUGUGCCGGGCCCACACCCCCAGGCUGCGUGGUCCUGGACCCCAGCGGACUCUGAGCCUCCCUCCCCCCCCCACCAUGAAGAAGCAUCAGAGAAGGUCCACCCCUGCUCCCAAGUAAACAUCACCGUGGGAACCUGCACAGAGGCGUGCCCACCCCGCUGGGGCUGCCCCUUCCAAGCCCACUGCCUGGCCUCAGUUUCCCCAUCUUGGGCACAACCACAGAGGUGGACAGCUGCAGCCCUGCCCUUUAGAUCCCAGGAGCCUCGGGAUCCUCCCUGAGGUUCCCCCUGCCCGGAGCACCAGCCCAUCCACCUGCCUGAGCCAGGCGGCAUCCGGCCUGCCCCAGGCCCUGUCCCCU